GCGGGUGGAGUAUUUUCACUCCACAGAACCUCUACGGAGUGAGUAAUUACUGGCUCCGCAGCCAACCGAAGGAACACACGCUCUGCCACACAGAAAAAUACGUUCUCAACAAAUUAGUAGAAGAGUCUGGCGUGGAAUUGUGGAGUUUAUACAUGUUAAAGUGCGUGAAAGGACUCCAAUGGACUGCUGGGAAACACACUGAAGGAAAUGGCAGGAAGCAACUGAAACCUGUUGCUCUGAGCACUAAUGCGAAAGAUCAGAAAGGAAACCGACGAUUAAAAUGUUACUUUGUUACAAAGUAUCUGCGGGAAAUGAACUUUCGACCUUAACACGGUUUACUCGUGAAUGAUUGAUCAUUUAGUCCACGGAUGCCCGUGCUUUUCCAUGCCCGUGUUUAUGAUCAUCUGUAUAAAAUGCACUCACACAGUCGGAAGAAAGUGUGCUCGGGAUCUGGAAUGAAACUUCACUGUGAUUUACAACCUUGUGGACUGUGGACAUGCUGCUGGAGCAAUUAAGGUUUCCUUUUGGGAUUUCUUCUUUCCUAAACGCAGCAAUAAAUUAAAAAAAGAAAGGAAGGAAGGGAGGAAAACCUGAGCCGAGAAAAUACUCAAGAAUUGAAAUGAAUAGUUUUUCAGUAUGAGGAAACCUGCAGAUAAGCAUCAUUUCAUCAUGGAGACCUCAGGGAUGCACCUGGUUGGAUUUUGGCUGCACCUUCUGCUGCUGUUGCAACUGUCUAGGCUUGGCGAUGCUGCUUCUAAGGAUAUAGUGUGUGAGCCAAUCACUGUACCGAUGUGCAAAGAGAUCGGAUACAAUCACACCUACAUGCCCAACCAGUUCAAUCAUGACACCCAGGAUGAAGUCGGCUUGGAAGUGCACCAGUUUUGGCCACUUGUCCGGAUCCGUUGCUCCCCAGACUUGCUUUUCUUCCUGUGCAGUAUGUACACCCCCAUCUGUCUUCAGGACUACAAAAAACCUCUACCGCCUUGCAGGUCUGUGUGCGAGAGGGCUAAGAGGGGUUGCUCUCCCCUCAUGAUUCAGUAUGGGUUUGAGUGGCCGGAGCGCAUGAGUUGUGAGCAGCUGCCUAUGCUGGGCGACACUGAUCGGCUUUGUAUGGACAGGAACAGCAGUGAGACCACAACUCUAUCACCUCCUUUCCCCAAACCCACUCCCAAGGGAACGCCACGACAUAGAACCACUGCAAAAUCUGCUCCGCCGCAGAAGUGCGACCGUGAGUGCCAUUGUCGAAACCCCCUAGUGACAAUUAAACAGGAUGCACAUCCUCUCCAUAACCGGGUACAUACUGGCUCUCUAUCCAAUUGUGCUUUGCCUUGCCACCAACCCUACUUUUCCCUGGAUGAGCAUGCCUUUACAACCUUUUGGAUCGGCCUGUGGUCGGUGCUGUGCUUUGUCUCCACGCUCACCACUGUGGCCACUUUCCUCAUCGACAUGGAGCGUUUCAAAUAUCCAGAGCGGCCGAUUAUCUUCCUGGCUGCUUGUUAUCUGUUUGUGUCGCUGGGGUACAUUGUGCGACUGCUUGCGGGCCAUGAGCGGGUAGCUUGCGAGGGCUCCGGCAACCAACAGCACAUCCUCUAUGACACCACGGGUCCAGCCCUUUGCACGCUUGUUUUCCUGCUCAUAUAUUUCUUUGGAAUGGCCAGCUCCAUCUGGUGGGUGGUGCUUUCCUUCACCUGGUUCCUAGCAGCAGGAAUGAAAUGGGGGAAUGAGGCCAUCUCGGGUUACUCACAGUACUUCCACCUUGCUGCUUGGCUCGUCCCUAGUGUCAAGUCCAUCGCUGUCCUGGCUUUGAGUUCGGUGGAUGGAGACCCUGUGGCUGGGAUCUGUUACGUCGGCAACCAGAGUUUGGAGAGCCUACGUGGCUUUGUAUUGGCACCGCUGGUCGUCUACCUCUUCACUGGCUCCCUCUUCCUUCUGGCCGGAUUUGUUUCACUCUUCCGGAUCCGUAGCGUCAUUAAACAGGGCGGCACCAAGACAGACAAGCUGGAGAAGUUAAUGAUCCGGAUUGGGCUCUUCACUGUCUUGUACACAGUGCCCGCAAGUAUUGUGGUGGCUUGCCUAGUGUACGAGCAACAUUACAGGCCAGGUUGGGAGCGGGCCCUGGCCUGUUCUUGCCUGUCCGAGCGCCAGCGGCUCGGCAUGGGGCCGGACUAUGCCGUCUUCAUGCUGAAAUACUUCAUGUGUCUUGUAGUAGGCAUUACCUCAGGUGUUUGGAUCUGGUCUGGGAAGACUCUGGAGUCCUGGAGACGCUUUGUGGCACGGUACCGCCCCUGUAGGACCCAGAAGCCACCUGUAUCAGGCUCAUCCAUGUACAGUGAGGCGAAUACCGCUCUCACAGCCCGAGCCGGAACAGCACCCACUGGGACCUAUCACAAAUCAGCACCCUCAUCACACGUCUGAAUAUUGGCCAGAAAGCCCUGGUCCAUUAUAAACCCUACAACUGUCAAACGAGUGAAGCCUGAAGUGUGCAGGUCAUGACUCUGAAUGAGCAGGUGUCUGUUCGACCUGAUGGAUUGAACGAAUAUAUUAUGAAGGAUUUUUACAGGCUAUUGGUUGUUUAAUUGUAGUCAAGUUCUUCUUAUUCACUGGUCUAAUUUGCAGAGCAAUGAACAUGUUGAUACUUUGUGAGGAAAAGAUAAUUUGUCUGCUUUACAAUUGUUGCAAGCAUCUUAGCCACCUUCUGUUUGUUUUUCUAGACCAUGAAUGAUGGAAAAAAAAUCUGAGAAGGUUAAUACUUGAUAUGAGUCAAGAUGAAUUGAGGGGUUUGUGGAGAUAUUUUAUUUAUUUGUGUAUUCUUGUAAAUAUGCUAUUCAAAAACUUUGUGGUAUCUCAGAUAACAGUCACUCUGUUGUUUACGACUUUAUUGGCAUUUUACAGGAUGUCAGUAGGAUCAUCUCCAGUCUUCUAAUUUACAAAUGUGUAGGACGUGCUUUCAUGUGUUCUCUGU